AUGGCAAAUUCUAGUUUCUUGCUACUGCUUUCAUGGAUCUUAAUCUGUUGUUUUUCAACCUUCCAAGCUCAUAAAAUUCAUAUCACUCCAUAUAAAACUACUCCGACAAAUUUUAAUCCCAUAAGUCCAUAUUACCCCCAAAAGAAAGCCAUGAACAUAAUUGAUUCUUGUUGGAGAUGGAACCCAAAAUGGGCUUCAAAUCGACAAGCCUUGGCUGAUUGUGCUAGAGGGUUCGGAAACGCUGCUUUAGGAGGGAAGAACGGCGCCAUAUAUGUUGUCACUGACACGUCCGAUGACCCAAUAAAUCCUAAACCAGGUACACUUCGAUAUGGCGCUACCCAAGAUAAACCCCUAUGGAUCAUUUUCCAAAGAGACAUGGUCCUCAAGCUGGAGAAUGAGCUGAUGGUGAACAGCUAUAAGACUAUUGAUGGAAGGGGUGUCAAAGUUGAGAUUGCCAAUGGACCUUGCAUCACUAUUGAAGGUGUCAGCCAUGUUAUUAUUCAUGGGAUCAGCAUACACGACUGUAAACCUGGAAAACGUGGUAUGGUCCGAAGUAGUCUGAAUCAUGUUGGAGAGAGAACGGGUUCUGAUGGAGAUGCAAUUGCUGUAUUUGCAUCUUCUAAUAUUUGGAUUGACCACUGCUAUUUGGCUCGUUGCACCGAUGGUCUUAUUGACAUAAUCCAUGCAUCAACUUCCAUUACUGUCUCAAACAAUUACUUCACUCAGCAUGACAAGGUGAUGCUGCUUGGGCAUCAAGAUGGCUAUAUUGCAGACAAAGUUAUGAAGGUGACAGUGGCAUUCAACCAUUUUGGUCCUGGAUUAGUCCAAAGGAUGCCAAGGGUUAGGUACGGCUAUGCUCAUGUAGCAAACAAUAGGUAUGACCAGUGGCUUAUGUAUGCAAUUGGUGGAAGCUCAAAUCCAACAAUAUUAAGCGAGGGAAAUUACUUUGUAGCUUCAAAAAAUCCCGACUCUAAACAGGUUACCAAAAGAGACAUUGAAGGGGGUCCAGGAGUGUGGAAGAAUUGGAAAUGGAGAACCUCUAAGGAUGUCUUUCUUAAUGGGGCUUACUUUGUUCAAUCUGGAUUGGGAAGCUGCUCUCCUCUUUAUUCUGCAUCUCAAUUAUUUUCUGUUGCUUCAGGAUUCUUGGUUCCUUCUUUGACUUCGGAUGCUGGUCCUCUCAAUUGUCAUCCUGGAGAGGCAUGCUGA